AAACCCAGACCCGACUUCAAUCACUCACACAUUGUUGCCACAUCCUCACCGGUGCUGGAAGCCCAAAACAUCUGCCAAGAUGAACAAAGCUCUGAUCCUCCUGGUUGCUCUGACUCUCUACUGCUGCAUCCCUGUGCUGCAUGCUUCUUCCAGGUCAGGAUGUCGCUGCUCAAAGACAAUCUUGCAUCGUAUCUCUGUCAACAACGUGGCGAAGGUCGAGGUGACCCCUCCUUCAGGACGGUGUCGCCGUGCAGAAAGAGUCGUCAUCACGAAGAAAGGAUCCAAAGUUUGUAUCAGUCCAAACGCCGAGUGGUUCCCAGAGUUUCUCAACAGACUUGAUCGGAUGGGCUGUCACAAUGCAGAUGCUGCGUCUUGUAUUCACCAUCAUUUAUUACAAUAAUGGGCCUAUGAAGACCUCAGUAUGACCACUGUUUCUGAACCUUCAACAACCUUCUGAUGAUGAUGAUCCUGCACUGAAAGCACUUCAUCUAAGCUCAUCCAACUGUGAUUUAACCGUAAAAGAGUUGAGCCACUGUCAAGUGUAAAACUCAGUUUUAUUUGUUUAAGACUUGUAUUCUUUUAAUUUUGAUGUUUCAUACUGAUUUCUGCUGGACUCGACACUGAUCGGGAUCCAAAUGGAUUCUGAAUUAUUAAUAAGCUGAGGUUCUGUAUCUGCUCAUGUGAUGUUUUAAUAAGAAAUAAAGAAAAGACUAAAAGACUA